UGAAGAUGCUCAAAAGGGAGAAGUACCAUUUGGUGAUCUUUGUGAUAUUUCUUCAUUUUUUGUUUGUUUGUGUUAAUGGUAAGCACUUUGUGCUGGUGCAUGGAGCUUUUCAUGGUGCAUGGUGUUGGUAUAAGGUGGCUGAUCAACUGAAAUCAGAAGGUGAGAAUGUGACAAGUCUAGACAUGGCAGCAUGUGGUGUGAAUACAAAGCAGAGUGAAGAAGUUGAUUCAGUUUCAGAAUAUCAUAAGCCUUUGAUCACAUUCUUGGCCUCUCUUCCUCCACAGGAAAAGGUCAUUCUUGUAGGUCAUAGUCUUGGAGGGCUAUCAGUAUCCCUUGCCAUGGAAAAAUACCCUCAGAAAAUCUCUGUUGCAGUUUUCAUCACUGCAGCUGUUGUCACUCACAACCUCACCUUCCUUGCUUUUCUUCAAGAGGCAAAUAGAAGAUUGGGAAAUGCUUUGCUAGAACAAUACUUCAUAUUGGAUGGAAACAAAGCUCCAAUCCUCUCAUCAAUUGGAGUUGAAUUUUUUAGAUCAAGAUUGUACCAACUAUCAACAACCGAGGAUCUAACACUUGCAGUAUCUUUGGUGAGACCUUUACCUCCCUUUAUGAGUGAUGUAAAAUUAUUGGAAAAACAAAGUGCAGUAAGCAAGAAGAGGAAUGGAAGGGUUUCUAAAGUGUUCAUAAUUGCUGAAAAAGAUAAUUUGAUACCAAAGGAGUUUCAAAGGUGGAUAAUUCAGAACACUGGUCCAUUUGCUGAUGUCAAAAAGAUAAAGAAUUCAGACCAUAUGGUCAUGAUUUCCAAACCAAAAGAGCUUGCUUUGGAACUGUUAAAGAUUGCUUACAAAUUUUAACUUCAAUAAUAUGGUAAU